UGAGAGGCCAAAAUUGAAAGAGAUUGACAAUAGAGAAGAUUACUUUUCUCAAAUAAGAUAUAGCCUAACAAAUGUUAUUUUUCUAAAUCUAUCACGGAUAAAAAAAUUCUAUUGAUUGAAACAGGUGUUUUAUUUCGCGUCAUAUUUGGUGUGCAUACAAGGGGUCUUCACAUAUCAGAAUCUAAAAAACGGUUGUUGGAUAUUCUACCUCAAAUCAAAAUAAAAUGACUAACAAGAAAGUGUUAAUUGCAGUGGAUGCUUCAGAGCAGGCUGAGUUCGCUUUCAACUGGUAUUUCGAACAUAUUCACGGUGAGAACAAUGAAGUCGUUCUCGUACAUUGUCCUGAAACUCCCAGUCUCCCAGCGUUAUCUUUGACACAUCCAAUGAACGUGCCUUAUGAAGAGUGGCAAGGUGCUAUGGUGAAACAGCACGAAGCAGUCAAUAAAAUCGAAUCCCAUUACCAAGCUCAAUGCAUACAUAUGAAGGUCAAGCAUAGCGUUAAGAUAAUGCCUCACCAGGGGUCGCCAGGAGCUGCAAUAAUCAAGAUGGCGGAGGAUGAAGAGGUCGGGAUGAUCGUCAUGGGGUCAAGAGGUCACGGGAAAAUUCGACGUACAAUCCUUGGCUCGGUGUCCGACUACGUGCUGCAUCACGCCCAUGUGCCAGUGAUCGUCUGCCCACCUAUGAAAUAGAGGUGUAAUGAACAACUGAACAGUAGAUUGUUUGACCAAACCACAUACUAGCAAUAUUUUAGACACUGACUGACGUAGCUCAAUUAACUGUUGAUAUUUAGAUUUAGAACUUCUAUUGGGAAAUAUAUAUAUUCUACUCUUUGAUAUGCCAUAAGUCUCAUAAGAGUUUAGUCCCCAUGUUAUUCUCAGUAAUGAUAAGUCAGUGACCUACAUUUGAAAUUUCAAUAUCAUGUAAAACUUAUGGUUGUGGAACGUACCUGUAAUAAUCCCUUAGGAAAGUUGUGAAUCUCUUAUGCUAUGCAUUCCUGUCAACUUUAAUUGGUGACCACUUACAGCUCAAAAUAUUCUCAGAGACACACUU